AUAAUAGGAGCGGGAAUGGCCGGCUUGUCAGCAGCACAUCGCUUGGUACAAUGCGGUCUACAAAAUUUCACAAUACUCGAAGCCACCGACAGACCAGGCGGCAGAAUCCACUCUUGCUGGCUCGGUGACGUUGUCGCGGAAAUGGGAGCCACUUGGAUCGAGGGUGGCUGCGUCGCCAACCCAGUAUUUACGUUAGCGGCCCAGGAAGGUCUGUUGAAAGGCCCUCUGGUCAGGCGUGAGCCGGGCAAAGGACUUUUUUGCACGAGCGAUGGACGAGCGAUCGAUCUUCCGGUCAGCAUCACCGCUUACCACACAUUUCGUCAGAUCGAGCAACAGGCGGCGAGUCUUUUCACCCUGGGCUGUGGAAGGGCUCACGGUUCCCUACUCAAUUUUAUCGGUGUCAGAAUUCAACAGGAACUGCACAAUUUUCCUGAAGAUCAAAGGUACGAUGCGGCCCGAGUUAUGUACGGAUUGAGCAACUGUGUUCGUUGCCGAUGCGGGGAGGAUCUCUCGAUGGUUUCGGCCGACCAAUUCGGCAGCUACAUCGAAAUCCCGGGAGGCAAUGUUCGCGUGCCGCUCGGUUACGUCGGUGUUUUGGCUCCGCUGCUCCGUGAUCUUCCGAAUUGUUCUUUGCGCUAUUGUAAACCCGUGAGUUGCGUCAGAUGGGGUGCUGUGAGCGAUUCUUGUCCAAGGGCCGUUGUAAAGUGUUGCGACGGGGAAGAAUUCUCCGCCGAUUAUGUGAUCGUCAGUGUCCCACUCGGCGUACUCAAGCACCAGCACGACAAGCUCUUUUGUCCUGCUUUACCAGCCGAAAAAACUGAAGCGAUUUGCAAACUCGGUUACGGAUUCGUGAACAAAAUCUUUCUCGAGUACGCGAGGCCCUUCUGGGUCUGGAGAGAAGGCGACAUCCGGUUCGCUUGGUCACCCGACGAGUUGUCCGAUCGCAAUGAUUGGCUCAAAGGAAUUUCUUGCAUCGAAGAGUUGCCGGGUUCCCAGCACGUCUUAUGCGCCUGGAUAUGUGGACGCGAAGCAGCCGAAAUGGAGUUAUGCUCCGACGAAGAGGUGGUCGAAUCCAUUACGAAAUUACUUCGUCAAUUCACCGGAGAUCCAACUCUUCCUUAUCCGUCGAAUCUUUUGCGAAGCAAGUGGUGCAUGGAUCAACAUUUUGCAGGCUCGUACAGCUACAUGGCGAUGGACAGCACUGUUGGUCAUCAAUGCGACCUUGCCAGUCCUUUACCAGGUACUUGCGAGCCAGUAGCGCCUAUUCUAUUGUUCGCUGGUGAGGCAACAAUUCCUGGCCAUUACAGUACUGUACACGGGGCACGAUUGAGCGGCAUUCGAGAAGCCGAGAGAAUAAUACAGUUAACAAAACGUUUCGGUGGACCGCCAAAGUCGGUAUCUGAAACCUCCUGCAAACCCUGUCCGGCUUCAUAAAUUUUCAUGUGUUCUUUUAACUACCCAAAUGUUUGUACGUGUAUCGUUUUUUU